AAACCAGCUCGAUCUCUACCUCAGCUGCCUCUCCUCCUACACGCCUGUCUCUCUAGCAGGCACUCCUCUGCGCAACACACCAUCCAAAUCAGGCUUUCCUUACCCUCCUUGCUCGACCCUUCUCCGCCGAGGCUUCCAAAGACCCUGGCUCGUUCAUCUACUUUUCAGCCACACUCGGUUCCUCGCGCAACGACCCUCGUCCUCGUGUACCUUGCGACAACUCCUUCCCUUCCCGAUAUCAACUUUCCUUCUGCAAGAUGGCAGAAUUUGUUAGAGCGCAAAUCUUCGGUACUACCUUUGAGAUUACGUCGAGAUAUGUCGACCUUCAACCUGUCGGCAUGGGCGCCUUUGGCCUGGUCUGUUCUGCUCGUGAUGAAUUGACACAGCAAUCAGUGGCCAUCAAAAAGAUCAUGAAGCCAUUCAGCACGCCCGUCCUGUCGAAGCGCACAUAUCGUGAGCUCAAAUUGCUCAAGCACCUUCGGCAUGAAAACGUCAUUUCUCUCAGCGACAUUUUUAUUUCACCUCUUGAGGACAUCUACUUUGUGACGGAGCUGCUCGGUACGGAUCUCCACCGGCUGUUGACCUCACGUCCGCUUGAGAAGCAAUUCAUCCAGUACUUCUUGUACCAGAUCUUGCGUGGUCUGAAAUACGUGCACUCCGCCGGUGUUGUGCACCGUGACUUGAAGCCUAGCAACAUUCUCGUCAAUGAGAAUUGCGACUUGAAGAUCUGCGACUUUGGCUUGGCCCGUAUCCAAGACCCUCAAAUGACGGGCUAUGUGUCGACGCGUUACUACCGAGCGCCUGAAAUCAUGCUGACUUGGCAAAAAUACGACAUUGAAGUGGACAUUUGGUCGGUGGGCUGCAUUUUUGCUGAAAUGCUGGAAGGCAAGCCUCUCUUCCCUGGAAAGGACCACGUCAAUCAAUUCAGCAUCAUUACGGAGUUGUUGGGUACACCGCCUGAUGAUGUGAUUCACACGAUUUGCAGUGAAAACACCUUGCGCUUUGUGCAGUCGCUACCGAAGCGGGAAAAGAUUCCAUUCUCUACCAAAUUCCGUAACGCGGAUCCCUUGGCUAUUGACUUGUUGGAGAAGAUGCUGGUGUUUGAUCCUCGGAAGCGUAUUACGGCUGUGCAAGCUUUGGAGCAUGCAUACCUCGCUCCGUACCAUGACCCAACCGAUGAACCUGCGGCGGAACAAGGCUUUGACUGGUCCUUCAACGAUGCCGACUUGCCUGUGGAUACUUGGAAGGUGAUGAUGUACAGCGAGAUCUUGGACUUCCACAACGUUGAAAAUGCAGCACCUGGAGCGGAAGAGGAGCAAGAUGGACAACAACAGUAGGAAAAUGUGGUCAUGGCAUCUUGAUGUUUUCAUUCUUGCGGUUAUUUCUAUGGCAGGGCGUGCUUUUCGCGCCUGAAAAAAGCCUUUCUCAAAAAGAGACACAAAGUAGAGUCGAGGAAGCUUGUGCGGCAGAGUUCCGUGUCAUCUGCUCGUACGCCUUUCCUGGCCUUUGUCUCUUUCAUUUCUGCACUCUGUUUAAUUCCCUCCUUUCAACCUGAGCUUCUUCAAAUAGAACUUGAUAACUUGAUCAAGCUGAACCUCGCAGAAUGCCUGUUCUUCAUUCCAUUGCGCCAUAGAAAACAACUAUCCCUGC